UCUGUACAGCUUCAUGCCGGUGGUGGUGAAGAUGACGAAUGCCACGGCGGUGAAUCUGUCUCUGCUCACCGCCGACCUGUUCAGCCUCUUCUGUGGACUCUUCCUCUUCCACUACAGCUUCUCCACGCUCUACAUCAUCUCCUUCGUGGUCAUCAUGGUGGGCUUCGUCAUGUUUAACGCCGUCCCGACGUACACAGCUCUGCCGGGCUCCGGGUCCAACGAGGAGAACCCCCCCGAGGAGGAGGAGAGCUCCUCAGAUCGGCUGCUUUCUGCAGGACCAGAGGCUCAGAGAGAGCCAGAGAGAAGAGACACUAAGAGGGGCGAGACCCAGAGACCCUCAGAGACCCCCACCCUGGAGACGCUCUGUGAGUGAGGGAGGAAGAGGAGGAGGUGAAACCUGAGAGACUGCAUUAGGUGUGUUCAUACAGCAGGUCUCUGUGAAGAGGACUGCCUGCUCUCACCCUGUUACAAAGGGACUCCAAAGACAGAACAUUCACUCUAUUUUACCCAGAGACCCUCAGAGACCCCCACCCUGCAGACGCUCGGUGA